GUUGACACUCCCAUCACAUGUGACGGGAAAGUUAAUAUUCUGUCUGCUGCCACCUUCAACUCUCCCUUUCAAAUUGCUAGGACUAGGAGGGUGAUAUGCAAGGCCACGAUGUCCAAUCAGGAUGGGCUUCCCGGUUCCCAUUGCAUCCAAUCUUUAAGAUUAGUGAGGAAACUCGAAAUGACGGUCGUUUGGCGGUAGAGGACAUUCGCCCGACAAACCAGGCGUCACUUCCGCGUCGAACCAGCAGAAUGUGCUUCCGAGGCUCUGACAUUAUUCUAGCCGUUGGAAAGGAGCUGCGUAUCGCGCCACUGAUAGAUUACAGAGGAAGUUCUAGCAGUUCCACAGCAGAACGGCCGUACAAGACACUCCAUACUCCAAACAUUCAGUUUGAUAUUCAACAAAUUGCUCUUUGCCCUGGUGGAAAAAUGAUUGCGGUCGCUGGUGCCCACCAAAUCGCAGUCGUUGUGCUUCCGAGGCCAUCAUAUUACAAACUCGUUAAUAGUCGAGUGGAUGCCAAGUCAAUUCAAAUCGGACAGUUCCAUCAUGCUAUCUCAGGCUCAUCUCAAAUCGCCAAAGUGGAUUGGCACCCAUGGCACGAUGGGGGAUCUUCCCUGCUCGUCCUAACGGCUGAUGGGGUCUUGCGUGAAUACGACGUUUCGCGUGAUGCAGAAGAGCCUCAGCAAACCUUAUCUUUCGUUCCAGACCGUGUUGGGGGAAAGUUUUCUGUUGAGGAUCCCGCCUCUCUUGAGGCAGUAUCGUUCUGCAUCGGGAAAGGGAUGGCGGAUUGGAGUCCUUUGACCGUAUUUUCUCUGAUGAGAAAUGGCGACGUUUGGGCCGUGUCACCGUUCUUGCCUGCCACUGCCUCAGUUCCAUCGUCGUACAUCCCAGCUCUCGAAUGUUUUGUUGCGGCGAAACGUGAGCUAAUCGAAGCAAACACUUCAGCCUUCAUGUCCGCAUCCACUUCAUCGCUCGAUCCUGCCGCCUCCACCGCUGAAUCGCUGGCUAUUAUCAACGAUCAUCAAACUAAGUUUGUCAAUGCACUGAACAAACAAUUGGCGAUGACACGGUCCCGAAAUCAUCGAUCAUUGAGCUUUGAUGUGAUGGACCGCUCCGAGUCCCCUGGACCACCGAAGGCUCCAGCGCGUGUAACAAUACGAUUACCUGCUGCUCAGCGUCAUCCACCUGCUCGACAAGGCCCGUUCCUUUUGCAGCCUUCCCCUCCAGAACUGGAGGGUUCGCUUAAGUACGAUGAUGAGUUUGAAAAUGAAGCGACCGACAUUGCUUACAUUGGCCCUGGCCAGUCGUCCCUUGAUGGCUUAACAGCAGAUUUGAGUCUCGAGGAGAAGGAAGAUACUGAGUCGUCAGAAUCUUUAGGGGUCAUUGCAAUCACAUGGAGGGAUGGCAGGGUGGACUUAUGUCUUGAUGCGGAGAAGGUAGAAGCAAAGUGGGAAUUUGUCUCGGCUUUAUCGAAAAGGCAAUCACCUGGCCCCCAAGAUUUACCCACCUUGACUGUGUUCGAAUCUGUUGACCUUGGUAUUCUAAAGACGUUAGAAGUUGAUGACCCCGUGGCACCUACUUCAGCGUUAAAGUUGUCAAAAACACCACCCCAGACUAUCUCGCUGAUCCGUUCGAACCACCCAUUGCUCUACGCCGAUCCGCUGUAUCCUGGGAAAGGACGUUUAUUUGUUUCUCAUUCCUUCGGUGUGCAUCUUAUUGACACCAGUGGUUGGAUGAGCUCCAUCUCUAAAGCUAUCAAGGCGGACGACGAGCUGGAACAUCAAGAUGGACGUGAUGAUAGAUUGAUAGCGGCGGUAACUAAUGCGCCAGAGAGCGAAGUGUCACAUUUAUUGAGUUCUUUCUCUAUUGAGCAAAGGAGUACUACGCCCAUAGUAUCUGUAGGCGUUUUGGACAACAGUGCUGUAAAUUAUUCACUUAUAGCGCUCACUGCUCAAUACCAAGCUGUGCCCAUAGCGUUGACACUAAGGCCACUGGAGGAAGAAUCCCAGGGCGUGUUGCUCUCACCAGUUACCCCAUCGAAAUCCGACCCCAAAAUUCCCUUGUUUUCACCACCAUCUGUCGUGUCAGCUUACAUCUCACUAUUAACAAAACAACCCUUCGUUGUACCCACAUUCCGGUCUCGACGGGCUAUGGUAUCCAUCACUCCGCCACGCGGGCCUACGUCUCCGACUCAAAUCAUUACACCAGAAACCCUUCGCAUGCUAGGAAAACAUGUGGAGGGUUUCCGUUCCGAUAUGCGGGAUGUGACUUCCGCUGUGGGCGCACUACAGGAUCGUAUCGCUCUCCAAAAAAAGGAGAUGGAACGACAGCUCAGCAAGCUCGUCGAGUUGGUUGGAUUUAUUGGCACCUUGAAACCCGCGGCUGGGCCCUCAUCGCCUUUCGAUGCUUCGAGUACCAGUGAAGAUCGUGUGGAGAAAGUUGUUGCAACGCAGAGAAGUCUGUUGAUUCGACUGGAUAGGGUGUUACAACGCCUUAUGGAUUCAUACUCUCCUAAGCUGAGCGAAUUCGAAACAAAAUGGUUUGCUGAGUUAGGAAGAAUGGACCGAGAAAUCAACGGCGGGAAGGGGGUGGAUGAUGAUGUUGAAGGACGGUCGAUGAAGAGCAGAGCGACACUGGCACGUAAUUUUUGAAGCUUCGCGUGGCCUUCAUUUUCUCAAUGUUUUCUCGCUUGAAGUUAUCACAUCAGAUUUCUAUCCUCAAGCCACAGGUGGAAGAGUUGAACCGGAAAGAGGAGCGAAGGAAACGACUGGCGGCACAG